CUUAUGAUCUAAUUGGCCAGUGGUUCCGACUACUAUCGGUCGACAUUGGCUGACUAGGAUGUUAGGACACGUCAGAUGUACUGAUUGGUCGAGUCGUUCGAACGGGAACUUGACGGGGAUGUCGUGGAGCCUCGUUCCUUCUACCCCGGGAGGGGAGGAGCCUCUGGGCUGGGCUGGGCCGGGAGCGGCAGGUGAAGAAGCUGUCUGUGGGAGAGUGGCUGGCUGCGCUGGCAUUCGCGAGACGGUGCUUGGCCCCGAGGCGGAGGUGGCGACGAAGGCGGCCCUAGAGGCAAGGAUGAAGGCGUUGAUCCUGGUGGGCGGCUAUGGCACACGGCUGCGGCCGCUGACCCUCAGCAUCCCCAAGCCGCUGGUGGAAUUCUGUAACAAGCCCAUCUUGCUGCACCAGGUGGAGGCCUUGGUGAAGGCAGGUGUAAACCAUGUGAUCCUUGCUGUCAGCUAUAUGUCAGAAUUGCUGGAGAAGGAAAUGAAGGAACAAGAACAACGGUUGGGAAUUCGCAUUUCUCUGUCGCAUGAGAAGGAACCAUUGGGUACAGCUGGCCCUCUGGCACUAGCCCGGGAUCUAUUGACUGAGAAUUCAGAACCUUUCUUCGUGCUCAACAGCGAUGUGAUCUGUGACUUCCCUUUCACAGACAUGAUGCGCUUCCAUGGGCAUCAUGGAAAAGAGGGCACUAUUGUGGUGACAAAAGUAGAAGAGCCCUCUAAAUAUGGUGUAGUGGUGUGUGAGGCAGAUACUGGGCGCAUACACCGCUUUGUGGAGAAACCCCAGGUUUUUGUAUCUAACAGGAUCAAUGCCGGCAUGUACAUCUUAAACCCAAGUGUGCUUGAGAGGAUCCAGCUGCGGCCUACCUCUAUUGAGAAGGAGAUCUUCCCAGUGAUGGCAGAACAAGGACAACUCUAUGCCAUGGAACUACAGGGAUUUUGGAUGGACAUUGGACAACCCAAAGACUUUCUGACUGGCAUGUGCAUGUAUCUGCAAUCUCUGCGGCUGAAGCAGCCUGAGAGGCUGCACUCAGGACCAGGUUUUGUGGGGAACGUAUUGGUGGAUCCAACUGCCAAGAUUGGCUCCAACUGCAGUAUUGGUCCCAAUGUCACUAUUGGGGCAGGUGUUGUGGUAGAGGAUGGGGUUCGGAUCAAGCGUUGCACAGUCCUGAAAGGGUCGCGUAUCCGUUCUUAUUCCUGGCUUGAGUCCUGCAUUGUUGGCUGGAGCUCCUCUGUAGGCCAGUGGGUCCGGAUGGAGAAUGUGACAGUGCUGGGUGAGGAUGUCAUUGUGAAUGAUGAACUCUACCUCAAUGGUGCCAAUGUGCUGCCUCACAAGUCUAUUGCUGAGUCAGUACCAGAGCCACGCAUCAUCAUGUAGCAAUUACUGCCACUGAGUGCUGGACCAGCUCAGAGGGCCCUGCCUGUUUUGUCCUUUGCUGUGCCUUGGCAGCAGGAGCUCGCUCUUGAAUUUCCAACUGAGCUGUUCUCUGAAUUAAAGUACUCACUUUGCCUCUGCUGCUGAACUCUUAACCCUUUGCUGGGGUCCUGCACAGAAGUUUGGCAGGACAAGGGUAUGCAUAAGUUGGCUGGAACACCUUCAGAAUCACUACGUGGGAACGGGCCAGUGCCUAGUUUUGAAAGUGGCCCUAAAGACAGAGGGAAAACUGCCUGCCUGUGCUACAAGUAGUGGGGUAUUGCACUGACUCCACUGUUGUAAGAGAACUUGCCCACGGUAAGGCUGGGGAGAAGAAGGAACAGAAGGUUGGAUGGCUCUUUCAGGCUGGCUUUUGUUGCCCAUGUAGCACUCCGGGAAAUCAAAAUGCAGUCCUCUUCUGUGGAACUCUGCUGCCUUACAGAGAAUGACCCUUCCCUCCAUAUGGCCAAUGAUCACCAACUGUACUACUCAAAACUCUAGACAGGGCUCUAUCAAUUAACACACACACAAAAAAAUUAUAUUGUAAUAAUGAACAAUGAGAGCUGCUGUA